GGCAGUUGGGAGAACAGAGAGGGCUGCUGCGUCCUCCACGAGCUCAGCUAAGAGAUCUCCGACGUGCUCAACAGAGUAUUCAGCCUACUUCCUCCUUGGGUCCAGCACACCAGAUUCAGCCUGGGGACCAUGUGAUGGUGAGAAGCUUCCUGCGGUCGGGUUCCCUCACAGAUCGGUGGGACGGUCCUUGGCAAGUGCUCUUGACAACAGAUACCUCCAUAAAGGUUGCCGAAAGAGACACGUGGGUACAUGGAUCCCAUUGCAAACCGGUAAGAGACCCAAGUUUGAAAAAACAAAGAGACUCUGAUUUGUGCGCAGACACGACGAAAGAUUCCAGAGACUCUAAUUUGCUUGUGAAUACAAACUUACCCGACCUGUGUGUAGCAGGGCUCUUCAAGCAAGAUGGAGAUAAUUGCAUAUAAUCGAUUACAGGCCUACCGAAUAAUGUCCCAGAAAAGUUUCAAAUUAUUUUGCUGUUUACUGGGAACCAUCAUGGUCCUUACCAUAGGGGGCAUUUUGUAUCUUGGAGAGAGGGCGAGCAGGGGCUCAUGGUCUGAUUAUGCGGCCUCCAUUAGAGUGGAUGGUCAUUAUUUUAACCAAACAAUUCCUUCCUCUUUUCUAAGCAGGCCCCCCCGAUCUAUCAACAACGAUGAUCUGUGCACCGAGUCUGAUUUACCUCCAGUCGAAAGGUGCAUUUGUAAUUACUGUACCAAACCCCCAGAGGAGAGGUGCAUACUCUGGUGUAUGGAUAAUGUUGGAUAUUACUCUCGGAAUUACCCCAUUCAAAAAUAUCACGCACUGUUGGGACAGGUAUUGAAUGUCACAAAUUGUUGGGUAUGUACCAGAACACCGCUAUUGAGCGAAAAUCUGCCUAUGUCACCAGUCCCUGCAUCACACAAUGAGAUAACCAAAGUAAUUAGUGUAGAGAGUUGUGAAGAAGAUUGUAGCCUAAAAAGUUGUGGAAGACACGUUACUGAUCAAUAUAACAAGACAAAGCCACCCAUCAUCGUUCUGGCCCCACAUGUUAGUGAUCAAGUGCCAUUUUGUUUUAAUAAAACUAUAGUUGACAUGAGAUCCUAUGAACCACAACUGUGGACCAGUGCAGGAAUGUUUACCCUUCCCAAGGCAGAUCACCCAGUUCAAUUAGGUAAAGUGAAAAAAGGAUAUUGUGAUAAAAUUGUUAACAUAUACAAGCCAUAUGUUCCACAGUGUGCUGAGCCAUGUAGCAAAGAUUUUAAAAGCUCCAAUUGCAUUUCAUGCACCAUAGAUUACUACAACUCUGUAUUUGAUUACACGUUACCAGUAAAUGUUCCUCAUUCUGAAACAGAUCCUAUUGUACAGACAUGCCAGAUUGGUAUGAUAGUAGCUACUAUGGUAUUAGGAUUUGACAUUCCCUACCUUCUUCCACAUGAUAUGUAUUACAUUUGUAGGAAAAAUGCUUAUAAAUGGUUACCCCCAAAUUCUAAAGGUCUUUGCUACCUGGGGAGAAUUAUUCCACAGUUCUACACCAUAACCCAUAAUGAGUUGAAAAAAGUGUUUUUACAGGAUGGUCAAAAAGAUGGUCAACGUUAUAAGAGAGACAUAAUAAUUCGGAAACACCUUCCGUUAAUUGACUCCUCCAUAAAGCAUCGUAUUGGUACCACCCUUGCCAACAUCUUUUCCUAUGGUACCUGGGGCUAUUUGGAGAACCAAAAGGAGAUUGUUGAUCUAGCCCAAUUCAUUGACAACGUUACUGAACUUUAUGAUGAAACAUUUCGAUAUGUCGGACAUAAACUGAAAGCUUUUCGUAAUGAACUGUUACAACACAAACUCGUUUUGGAUUACCUGACAGCCCAGUCAGGAGGUUAUUGUCUAACCCUUGAAACUAACCUCGGCGUACAUUGCUGUAAUUAUUUGACUAACAAUAAUACUAAUCCAAACGCCAUUAUUACUAAUUACAUGAAUAAAGCUUAUGAUUUAAAGGAAGAUUUUAAACGAGCACACUAUGAUCCCGAUUCUGAAGAUGAUGCAUGGUGGUCUAUGUUUAACCCCAGUACCUAGUUCUCAGGAAUGGGAGCCUAGUUUUCUAAUAUAAUGUAUUCUGUGAUGAAAUUUAUCCUUGUGAUCAUCGUAGCCAUCUUGUUGCUAUACACAGUCUACAGAUGUAGUUUAUGUUGCAUUCAGAAAAUUACUGCAAAACGCAAAACAGCAAUUUUACAUGAAAUGAUCAUUAGUGAACUGUACGUUCCUAGAAAUUCUCCUGAGAUGACAGGGCACAUGGAUAAUGUCCCUGAUCAAAGGGUGGAGCUGUCGAAUACUGUGACAGAGACAAACUGCUGAAGGCCUAAAAACCUUCCAUAAGUACUACUGGUUAGUACAUGUAAUAUGCAUGCACACAUAUAGUCAGAAUAUAUCCAGAAAGCCAUAGUCUCUAGUAUAGGAUAUAAGCAGCAGAGAAUCCAUUUUGUUUUUCUCUAAAUGAUACAGCAUAUAUUCUUUUGUAUUUUAGUUGAACUUUAAAACAUAGAAAAGAAUGUUGAAAACAAAUUGUUUGCCAGUUCUAAUUGCACGUACGCAUUUCCGAAGUCCAGUCUAUUUCCAAGAAUGCAUUACCCCCACACACACAUAUUGUAGACAAUGGAAAAAUAGGAAUUGGAUAUUUUAGUAAUGUCCAAGAGAAACUUGUAAUUCUGACGCAAUUACAUAUUUUUAGUUUGAUUAUGCCAAUGUCCAUAUAUGUCCAUUUUAUUAGAAAACAAGUGUCAUUACGGUAGGCGUGAAUAAUGAAAUGUAUAAUGAAUAUAUUGAAAUGUAACGCCCUGAUCUGGGCAUUCUGAUAUUCAAAUUUGAUAACAGAGGACUGACCUCUGUAACCAAGGUGAUCUGUAUACCAAUAAAUUUAAUUACUUAUUUUAAAAAAUCUGAA